UUUAGAUGGUAUGCCACGGUUCAUAGAGAGAGAGAGAGAGAGAGCUUUCUUCUAAUUCCCCUCUCUCUCGCCAGUUUGAACCUUCGGGAGGUCAGUUCACAGGAAGACGAUCAAUGGCAUUUGCAAUAGCCAAGACGGACUAAUCCGCUCCCGUCUUGUUCACGGUCUCUCAGAGGUUGAGUUCCGUCUUCUUAUUUUCUCUCUUUUCCUCGUUGCACCACUGCAUUUCCAGCCUCCACCCGCAAAAAGAGGGAAAAGAAAAAAGAGAGAGAAUGUGUUGAUUGACGAGGUGGAGUUGGAGCCCAGAGAAGCUUGGGAAGAAGUGGAAUAAAAGGAAGCGAUCGAUCCCUUGGAGGCCAUGGCCGUGGUGGAGAAUGCGGGCGUCGGUCUGGGGAUGAACUCCGGAUCAUCGCCUUCUGGCCGGAAUUUCGGGGAAGACGUCCAGGCGAACGGGUUCGAGACGGCCGAGGCGGAGUCGUCGUCACCAUCCAUGACUGAUCACGAGGAGGUGAAGGCUAAGCAUUUCCCUAAUUUAGGCCGCCCUGGUGGUGUGCCUCUGCAUCAAGCGCACGGUCAGCUGCACAAUGCGGACCUCAGGUUGAAGGUGCAGCAAUUGCAGCAGAGGGCAACGCCGCCGGCAUCUCUGCCGCAGGCUGCGCUAGGCAAUCAGAAGCCCUCGGUCGCCAAGCAGGACUUGGUGACGGACAACGGUUUGCAGGGGUCGCAGCAUGAGGCUCUCGUGGACGACCACCAGCAUCGAUCUAAUGGGGUGGAGUUACACGAGAAUGGUACGGUUGAGGCUGGCGACGGGUUUAAACGGGACAUGAGGGACCUGGUGGAUCUUCUAUCGAAGCUCAACCCCAUGGCAGAGGAGUUUGUUCCUGGAUCGGGUGUUCCUUUUACCAACAAAUUUGUGCUGCAGAGCAAUAAUAGUGGAAACGGAAACCAUAGAAAGAAGAAGAACAACUAUAAUCAAGGGAAGAGACGGAUGAACAGUAGGACGAGUAUGGCUCAGAGGGAGGAGAUUAUUCGGAGAACCGUGUAUGUUUCUGAUAUCGACCACCAGGUGACGGAGGAGCAGCUUGCAGCUCUCUUUAGUCACUGUGGACACGUUGUUGACUGCCGUGUAUGUGGUGACCCAAACUCGGUUCUUCGCUUUGCUUUUAUAGAAUUUUUCGAUGAAGACGGUGCAAAGGCUGCGUUAGGCCUGGCUGGUACUGUGCUUGGAUACUACCCAGUGAGAGUGCUUCCCUCAAAAACUGCAAUUGCUCCUGUUAACCCAUCCUUUUUGCCGCGGACUGAAGAUGAACGUGAAAUGUGUACAAGAACUAUUUAUUGCACUAAUAUUGAUAAAAAGGUCUCCCAAGCAGAUGUUAAGCUAUUUUUUGAGUCACUAUGUGGAGAGGUUUACCGGCUGAGGUUGUUGGGAGAUUACCAUCAUUCAACACGAAUUGCUUUCGUUGAGUUUGUGCUGGCCGAAAGUGCUAUCAAUGCACUAAACUGUAGCGGUGCCAUUUUGGGUUCCUUGCCUAUAAGGGUGAGCCCAUCUAAAACACCGGUGAGGCCUCGUUCUCCACGCCCUCCCAUGCACUGAAAGCAGAUAACUUAUAGGUGGCACAAAAUGUUAUACUUUACGUAAUCUAAGUAUUCCAACUGGUCUAGCUGUAUCUGAGUUCUCUCCAUAUAAUGGAUUUUCUUUGUUAGUGAGUGAUUUCCUGGGGGUGAACUUGUCUUGCUAGCAUGUAGAGUUUGGUUGGAACUUCGAGGAUUUGGCGUUUAUCUCUCAUUAAACUUUGAAAUGUACUGUUACCGAUGUUGAAAGGCUUUUCAGCUUUUAUCUUUUCAAUGACUAAUUUAUGUCAUUUCUGAAACGUCUAGAUGAGGCUUCCUCGACAGUUUUAUGCAGACCUGUGUGAACAUUCAUCUUCAUGUAAAGCCAAGAUUGGUUCAUUCAUUUGCCAUCCCCAUAGGCUGUUAGAGUGGAAGCCGUAUUGGGACUAGUUGGGGAGGGAAAUGUAUAGCCACAUGUAAUGUUCAAAGAAUUCAAUGCUAAUCAAUUCGUCCAGAAGCAAAUGUUGCUGUCUGCUGGUUA